CUAACCGUUAGUUUAUUUGUAGUGCACAUGUUAGAUGAAUUUCGCUGGAUAAGAUUAAGAUUAAGGUUGGAUUCCAGUAAUAACAAUGCGAACAAUUUAAAGUUAGCUAUAUAGGUUGUUUCAACCUGCUAACAUUAGCUAUCUAGUAGCUAGCGAUGCGUCAACCCAGAAGCAGUGAUGUUACAGUUGGUUGCUGAUCCUGCGGGGCAGUUUUGAAUGGUUCCUCUUUUGCUGUCCGGAGUCUUUCUGCUUUGCCUGUUGUGGAGGUUCAUUGAGUCCAGGUUGAUGCUUGGGGCUGGAGUAAAAGGUCAGGCUGAAGUCAAAGCCGGUGAAGCUGUGGAGGACAUGCAAACUGAAGAGCGAAGCAGCAGGCUCACGACAGACACUCCUCCUCUGGCACAUUCCGCAGAAAGUAGCUGUCAGACCGAUCCUCAACCAGAAACUACCUCAACAAAAAAGGGAGAGACGUCCCGUCAAGCUCUCGAUACCUUGGCUGAGGGAGAAAUGCAUGAAACUGAGCCGUUGGGGCCUCCCGAGGUCACUGCAGAGGUGGCAACUCUGCCACCGGCCAAAUCCAGCAGCACCCCAGGUCAGAGUGGAGUGACCAGGCCUAACAGGGGCGCUGGCCCUGAGACUCGGGAGCGCCUCAAAUUCAUCCUGGGUGCAUCUGAGGACAACUCUUCAGAUGAGGACCCAGUGGCAGUGGAGCCAACUGCUGAACAGGCUAUUGAAGCCCCCUCAUCUGCAGCCAGUGCUCUUAUAGAUGAAACUCCAUCAGUGAUGUCCACUUCCUCUUCCUCCGCCAGCAUAAGGCCUAGCAUGUCAGGCCUUCAUCUGGUGAAGAAGGGUAGGGAGCACAGGAAGAUGGAUCUUCAGCGAGAUUUCACCGUGGCCUCUCCGGCGGAGUUUGUCACCCGCUUCGGGGGGAACCUUGUCAUCGAUAAGGUACUGAUUGCUAACAAUGGCAUAGCAGCAGUGAAGUGCAUGCGUUCUAUACGGCGCUGGUCCUAUGAGAUGUUUCGGAAUGAGAGGGCCAUUCGCUUUGUGGUGAUGGUCACCCCAGAGGACCUGAAGGCAAAUGCAGAAUACAUCAAAAUGGCGGACCACUAUGUGCCUGUCCCUGGUGGUCCAAAUAACAACAACUACGCCAAUGUGGAGCUGAUUGUAGACAUUGCCAAGAGAAUCCCAGUACAGGCUGUGUGGGCUGGGUGGGGCCAUGCCUCUGAAAAUCCCAAACUUCCAGAGCUGUUGCAGAAGGCAGGCAUAUGCUUUUUAGGUCCUUCUAGCAAGGCCAUGUGGGCACUGGGAGAUAAGGUGGCUUCAUCCAUUGUGGCGCAGAGCGCAGACAUCCCCAUCCUGCCCUGGAGCGGAACAGGGCUUAGAGUGGAGUGGGCAGAGGAGGACCAGCGGCUUGGUCAUGUGAUCAGCGUGCCCCCAGAGCUGUACGCGCAAGGCUGCGUUCAUGACGUAGAUGAAGGACUUGAGAGAGCAGAGAGAAUUGGGUAUCCAAUUGUGAUUAAAGCGUCUGAAGGUGGCGGGGGCAAAGGCAUCAGGAAAGUUGACAGCGCUGACGACUUCCCAAGCUUCUUCAGACAGGUACAGGCAGAAGUACCGGGCUCUCCCAUAUUCGUCAUGCAGUUGGCACAGCAUGCGCGGCACCUAGAAGUCCAGAUUCUAGCCGACCAGUAUGGCAACGCCAUCUCUCUGUUCGGCCGUGACUGCUCCAUACAGAGGAGGCACCAGAAGAUCAUUGAGGAGGCCCCAGCCACCGUUGCUGCUCAAUCAACCUUUGAGCAGAUGGAGCAGUACGCUGUGCGACUGGCUAGGAUGGUAGGCUAUGUGAGCGCUGGUACUGUAGAGUAUCUCUACUCUGAAGACGGAAGCUUCCACUUCCUGGAGCUCAACCCCCGUCUGCAGGUGGAACAUCCCUGCACAGAAAUGAUCGCAGAUGUCAAUCUGCCAGCCGCCCAGCUCCAGAUUGGAAUGGGAAUUCCCCUUCACAGAAUCAAAGACAUCCGAGUGCUGUUUGGGGAGACUCCGUGGGGGGACACACCUAUCAACUUUGAAGCUCCUGAAUGUGCUCCCAGCCCCCGAGGCCAUGUCAUCGCCGCUCGGAUCACCAGUGAAAACCCUGAUGAGGGCUUUAAGCCCAGCUCAGGCACGGUGCAGGAGCUCAACUUUCGCAGCAGCAAGAACGUGUGGGGCUACUUCAGCGUUGGGGCGGCUGGAGGCCUGCAUGAAUUUGCAGACUCCCAGUUCGGCCACUGUUUCUCCUGGGGGGAGAAUCGGGAAGAGGCCAUCUCGAACAUGGUGGUGGCUAUGAAGGAGCUGUCCAUCCGUGGGGACUUCAGGACCACUGUGGAGUACCUCAUCAAACUACUGGAGACGGAGAGCUUUAGGAAUAAUGACAUCGACACCGGCUGGCUGGACCACCUCAUUGCAGAGAAAGUGCAGGCAGAGAGGCCGGAUACCAUGCUUGCCGUGGUGUGUGGAUCUCUUCAUGUUGCCGACGCCAUCUUCAGGAAGAGCAUGUCUGACUUCCUCCACUCACUAGAGAGGGGCCAGGUGCUGCCUGCUGCUAGUCUAGUCAACACUGUCGAUGUGGACCUAAUAUAUGAAGGUAUCAAGUACUGUCUCAAGGUAGCCCGCCAAUCCCCCACCACAUUUGUGAUCAUCAUGAACGGCUCAGACAAUGAGAUCGAUGUGCACAGGUUAAGCGACGGAGGCCUCCUGCUCUCUUACAAUGGCAGCAGCUACACCACCUACAUGAAGGAGGAAGUGGACAGCUAUCGAAUCACUAUUGGAAACAAAACGUGUGUAUUUGAGAAAGAGAAGGACCCCACAGUGCUUAGGUCGCCCUCUGCUGGUAAACUGCUGCAGUACUUGGUGGAGGAUGGAGGCCACAUCUGUGCUGGAAAUUCCUAUGCAGAAAUUGAGGUGAUGAAGAUGGUGAUGACACUGAGCGUGCAGGAGUCUGGCUGCGUGCACUUUGUCAAGCGGCCCGGUGCCGUCUUGGAGCCUGGCUGCGUGGUGGCCCGUCUGCAGCUGGACGACCCCAGCUGCCUCCACCCGGUGGAGCUGAACACCAUGACCCUGCCUUCCCAGCAGCCCCUGCCCAUCACUGGGGAAAAGCUGCACCAGGUCUUCCACAGUGUGCUAGAGAACCUGGUCAAAGUCAUGGAUGGCUACUGCCUCAUGGAGCCCUACUUCAGCAGCAAGGUGAAGCAGUGGGUGGGAACCCUGAUGAAGACACUGCGGGACCCAUCACUGCCCCUGCUGGAGCUCCAGGAGAUCAUGACCAGCGUGUCGGGGCGCAUCCCCGUCUCUGUGGAGAAGGCCAUCCGCAAGGUGAUGGCCCAGUACGCCAGCAACAUCACCUCCGUGCUCUGCCAGUUUCCCAGCCAGAGGAUUGCUAAUAUCCUGGACAGCCAUGCUGCCACCCUCCAAAGAAAGCCUGACCGCGAAGUCUUCUUCAUGAACACCCAGAGCAUCGUGCAGCUAGUUCAAAGGUACCGGAGUGGAAUCCGCGGUUACAUGAAGUCUGUGGUGUUGGACCUGUUGAGGCGGUACCUGGAAGUAGAAAUGCAAUUCCAGCAAGCUCACUACGAUAAGUGUGUAAUCAACCUGAGGGAGCAGUACAAGCCUGACAUGACCCCAGUGCUGGAGUGCAUCUUCUCCCACGCCCAGGUCUCCAAGAAGAACAUCCUGGUCACCAUGCUCAUUGACCAACUGUGUGGGCGGGACCCCACUCUGGCAGAUGAGCUUAUGGCCAUCCUGAAUGAGCUCACACAGCUCAGCAAGAUGGAGAACUCUAAGGUGGCACUACGGGCCAGACAGGUAUUGAUAGCUUCCCACCUGCCCUCCUAUGAGCUAAGGCACAACCAGGUGGAGUCCAUCUUCCUGUCGGCGAUUGAUAUGUAUGGACACCAGUUCUGCCCAGAGAACCUUAAGAAACUCAUCUUGUCAGAGACCUCCAUAUUUGACGUCCUGCCCAAUUUCUUCUACCAUUCCAACCGGGUGGUGUGCAUGGCCGCCCUGGAGGUAUAUGUGCGCAGGGGCUACAUUGCCUAUGAGCUGAACAGCCUCCAGCACCACCAGCUGCAGGAUGGUACCUGCGCUGUGGACUUCCAGUUCAUGCUACCCUCAUCCCACCCCAACAGAAUAAUUGAUCCUGUGGCAGUGGACGUAGAAAGCUGCCCUACUCUGAACAGGGUGUCAGUUCCACUGAACUCCAAUCAGUUUGAGAUGAGGCGGCAGGGCAGUGAGCUCUUCCUAGAAGGGGCGCUCUCACCCCCCUGCCAAAGGAUGGGGGCCAUGGUUGCCUUCCAGUGCUUCGAGGACUUCAAGAGGAAUUUUGACGAGGUGAUCUCCUGCUUUGCGGAGCCUGUGCUGGAGAGCCCACUGUUUUCUGAGGCAUGCUCCACCCUCUACGACGAGGAGAACUACAAGAGUAUGAAGGAGAACCCCAUCCACAUCCUCAAUGUUUCCAUCAAGACUGCGGACACUGAGGAUGAUGACGCUCUGGUCACGGCCUUCAGUACCUACGCGCAGUCCAAGAAAGCCAUACUCUAUGAAUACGGAAUUAGAAGAAUCACAUUUUUAGUUGCACAGAAGAGAGAAUUUCCCAAGUUCUUCACUUUCAGAUCUAGAGAUGAGUUCCAGGAGGACCGCAUCUACCGCAACCUGGAGCCAGCCCUGGCCUUCCAACUGGAGCUCAACCGCAUGCGCAACUUUGACCUGACGGCGGUGCCCUGCGCCAACCACAAAAUGCACCUGUACCUGGGCGCUGCCCGCGUGGAAGAGGGUGCUGAGGUCACAGACUACCGUUUCUUCAUCAGGGCCAUAAUACGCCACUCUGACCUCAUCACCAAGGAAGCCUCCUUUGAGUACCUGCAGAAUGAGGGUGAGAGGCUGCUGCUGGAGGCUAUGGAUGAGCUAGAGGUGGCCUUCAGCAAUACUACUGUGCGCACCGACUGCAACCAUAUCUUCCUCAACUUUGUCCCCACUGUUAUCAUGGACCCCUCUAAGAUCGAGGAGUCCGUGCGCUCCAUGGUGAUGCGCUAUGGUAGCCGGCUGUGGAAGCUUCGCGUCCUGCAAGCCGAGCUGAAGAUCAACAUCCGCCUGACGCCCACGGGUUUGGCCAUCCCCAUCCGGCUCUUCCUCACCAACGAGUCGGGAUAUUACCUGGACAUCAGCCUGUACAAAGAGGUCACUGACCCCAGCUCUGGACAGAUCAUGUUCCAGUCUUACGGAGACAAACAGGGCCCCUUGCACGGCAUGCUGAUCAACACCCCCUACGUCACUAAAGAUCUCCUUCAGUCCAAGAGAUUCCAAGCGCAGAGUCUGGGGACCACCUAUGUGUACGACUUCCCUGAGAUGUUCCGACAGGCUCUGUUUAAGAUGUGGGGUCCAGGGGAUAAUUACCCUAAAGAUGUGCUGAUGUGCACUGAGCUGGUGCUGGACGCUCAGGGACAACUGGUGCAGAUGAACCGGCUGCCGGGUGAUAAUGAGGUGGGAAUGGUGGCCUUCAGGAUGAGGAUGAAGACUCCAGAGUAUCCUGAGGGUCGUGACAUCAUUGUUAUCUGCAAUGACAUCACCUACAGGAUCGGGUCUUUCGGGCCCCAGGAGGACCUGCUGUUCCUGCGGGCCUCAGAGAUGGCCCGUGCGGAGGGCAUCCCACGCAUCUACAUCUCUGCCAACAGCGGGGCGCGCAUCGGCCUGGCCGAGGAGAUCCGACACAAGUUCCAGGUGGCUUGGGUCGACCCUGAGGACCCCUAUAAGGGUUUCAAAUACCUGUACCUAACCCCUCAAGACUACACCCGCAUCAGCUCCACCAACUCGGUGCACUGCCAACAUGUGGAGGAAGGAGGAGAGUCCAGGUACAUCAUCACUGACAUCAUUGGGAAAGAGGAGGGGCUGGGCGUAGAGAACCUGCGGGGGUCUGGCACCAUCGCAGGGGAGUCCUCCCUGGCAUAUGAGGAGAUCAUCACCAUCAGUAUGGUAACGUGCCGGGCCAUUGGGAUCGGGGCAUAUCUGGUGCGUCUGGGCCAGAGGGUCAUCCAGGUGGAAAACUCCCACAUCAUCUUAACAGGGGCUGGAGCCCUUAACAAGGUGCUAGGGCGUGAAGUCUACACCUCCAAUAACCAGCUGGGAGGUGUGCAGAUCAUGCACGACAACGGCGUCACUCACACCACUGUGCCGGAUGACUUUGAGGGCGUCUUCACCAUCCUUCAGUGGCUGUCCUACAUGCCAAAGAACAAGCAAAGCCCUGUGCCUGUUCUGCCGCCAAAAGACCCGGUGGAGAGGGAGAUUGACUUCACCCCCACCAAGGCCCCCUACGACCCGCGCUGGCUCCUGGCUGGGAGGCCCCAUCCUACUGUUAAGGGAGCUUGGCAGAGCGGGUUCUUCGAUCAUGGCUCUUUCAUGGAGGUGAUGAGGUCAUGGGCACAGACUGUGGUGGUGGGUAGAGCCAGGUUAGGGGGGAUUCCCCUGGGCGUCAUUGCCGUGGAGACACGUACCGUCGAGGUUGCCAUACCUGCAGACCCAGCCAACUUGGACUCUGAAGCCAAGCUCCUGCAGCAAGCAGGCCAGGUGUGGUUCCCCGACUCUGCCUUCAAAACGGCUCAGGUCAUCCGCGACUUCAACCGUGAGCGGUUGCCCCUGAUGGUGUUUGCCAACUGGAGGGGCUUCUCCGGCGGAAUGAAGGAUAUGUAUGACCAGGUGCUGAAAUUCGGAGCCUACAUCGUGGACAGCCUGCGUGAGUUCCGCCAGCCAGUCCUGGUCUACAUCCCCCCACACGCAGAACUGAGAGGGGGCUCCUGGGUGGUAAUCGACCCCACCAUCAACCCCCUCUACAUGGAGCUCUACGCAGAUAGGGAGAGCAGGGGCGGUGUUCUGGAGGCAGAGGGCACAGUGGAGAUCAAGUUCCGCAGGAAAGACUUGCUGAAAACGAUGCGCAGGAUUGACCCAGUGUAUGCCAAACUGGCUGAACAGUUAGGUACCCCAGAACUGCCAGAGGAGGAGCGCAAGAACCUUGAAUGCAAGCUGAGGGCCAGAGAGGAGUUCUUGCUACCCAUCUACCACCAGGUGGCAGUGCAGUUUGUGGACCUCCAUGACACUCCAGGGAGAAUGCAGGAGAAGGGUGUGAUUACAGACAUCCUUGACUGGAAGAAUGCAAGAAGCUUCUUCUACUGGCGUCUACGUCGCCUCCUGCUGGAGGACGUGGUGAAGAAUGAGAUUCUGCAGGCCAACAAGGAGCUGAGUGACGGACACAUCCAGUCAAUGCUGAGGCGCUGGUUUGUGGAGACUGAGGGGACCGUUAAGGCUUACCUGUGGGACAAUAACAAGGUGGUUGUGGAAUGGCUGGAGAAGAACUUGGCGGAGGGAGAUGGCACACGAUCGGCUAUCAGGGAGAACAUCAAGUACCUGAAGAGGGAUUAUGCUCUGAAGCAUAUCCGCAGCUUAGUGCAGGCAAACCCUGAAGUUGCCAUGGACUGCAUCAUCCACAUGAGCCAGAACAUCUCUCCCUCCCAGAGAGCCAAAAUCUCCCACCUGCUGGCCACCAUGGACAGCACACCCACGAACUGAACUCAGGCAACACAGACAUAUCAGGGAUUCCUUCCAAGUGUCUACCAAAGCAGAAAGCCAGUUUAUGCCCAUGGACUUCAGGACAGUUUGAAUGCACCUACCUGUGAUGGCUUGCUCUCUGCUGUGACCGGGUGGAAUAAACACUUUUUUAUAAUUCUCAGGAUAUUGCUAUGACCGCUGAUUGUAACCACGCACAGCUUAACGCAGCCUCACCCCCUACACUCCUCCAGUGUCUAGCCAUUUUUUGUGGUGGACCACUAAACCUGCUUUGUGCAUUUCAGACUCAACAUUGGCAUGUGUGGCCAAGUCCCCUCAAUUCCUGUUGUAUAUGUUAGAGACUUGCAGUUACAUGUAGAAGCAUCCUAGGCAUAUAAGCAUAUUUUCACCAUUGUGCCGUGAGAAUGCAAAAAAUGUUCUGAAGUGCUUCAGCUUACAGUGUGAUUAAAUGGAAGCUGACUUAUUUAGUCAGAUGUGCCUUGCCAUGGUGUUCAUGUUUUUUGGGUAAGCAUGGCUUGACACUGACAGGUUGGUUACAGGCCACCAUUUCAGAAGGAACUUGUGCACAGUUGCCAGUGGAAUGCAUGAAACAAAGGUGGGUCUCUGUUAUGCGACCUACCAGAGAGACUGGGAAAAGCAGGUUGUUGGUGCUCGGUUUACAAAUCUACCUUUUUACUGUUCAACUUGUGUCUUUAUCCCAGUGCCACUGAAAUAUGUUAGUUGAAGGAUAGCAGGCUGCCAUAUCCAGAUGUGCCAAAACUCAAGUCAGUCCAUAUUGGGGAAUGUGGACUAAGGGAAACUUAUUUUCAGCUGGGCGGUGCUACUGCACCGCUGUACCAAUGAGACAGGUGUUUCAUGUAUUAACUCUUCUCUGAAGCUGUGGGACAGGAGCUGACUUGACAGGGGACGUUUUAGUAAGUUGCUGUUUUUCCUGCCAAAACCAAAUCAUUUUUAUUGUUAUGUGAGCAAGAAUGAUCAACAUGCAGUUUGUAAUCACUUCAGAAGCACGGGUUUUGUAUGCGGGUAUACACCAGCAUUUAUUUCGGUGGCCUUGCUUUUGUUUCCAUGGUCUUCCAUGUAAAUACUUUGUCAGAGAAAAGCUAUAACUGUAACAUUUGCCUGUAACAUUUUAUUUCAGUGAGCAUUUUGUCACAUGCUAGCAUGUAAUAGGAUAUGGGCUGCUAAGAAACUCAAAGGCUCAAAUCUGAAUGUGUCAUUUUAAGUGCCAGUGCAUAAUGGUGUGCUUGAUGUGCUGGGGAUUUACACGUGCUCUGUGAAUAAAUGCCA